AUGACCGAAAUCUCUUCCACCGUAGCAAAAUCUACCAACGAAAAGCCUAAGGAUAGCUUAUCCCUUCAGCCACUACCCAUGAAGCACGACCUCGCCGGUGAUGAUCAGGUCAAAAAUCGUGGCGUGUUACAGACCGCCAAAGGCCUUGAGAAUGGCAAUUCAGAUGCUUCAGAAGAUGGGGAUAUUGUUGGCAGCUACACUACCGACGAGCCGAUGGGCAUUGAUCCUGCGGCAGACCGUCGCGUAUGCCGCAAAAUCGACUGGCAUAUCAUCCCUUGGAUGUUCACGCUUUACUUUGUACAGCAAUUCGACAAAUUAUCCCUGUCAUACGCAGCAAUCAUGGGGAUACGUGAAGAUCUGAACCUUACACCGGCGCAAUAUUCCUGGACUGGCUCGAUUCUAUACCUCGGUUAUCUGGCGUUUGUUUAUCUACACAACCGUAUGAUGCAGAAGUACCCUUUAUCGAGGUACAUUGCUUGCACCGUUGUCGGCUGGGGUAUCAUUCUCACGUGCCAUGCUGCAUGUACAAAUUUUGCUGGUCUCAUGGUUGUCCGCUUCUUCCUCGGGGCUUUCGAAGGGUCUAUUACCGCUGGGUUUGUUCUCAUGACGGCUCGCUGGUAUCGGUCUGACGAGCAGGCAACGCGCACCGCAUUCUGGUUUUGUGCAAACGGGUUUGUGCCUAUUCUGGGAGGUGCUUUCACAUAUGCAGUCGCCGAGGGCUUCUAUCGGAACAACAGUAUCACUUUCGCGCCUUGGAAGGUUGUCUUUAUCAUUAGCGGAAUUAUCACGGUCUUUUUCGGAGCUGCGAUGUUGUACUUCGUUCCCGACUCACCACUGGAUGCUAAAUGGCUGAACGAAGAGGAUCGCCAUAUUGCAAUGGAACGCUUACGAGCGAAUCAACAAAGCAUUGGAAACAAGGUUUUCAAAUGGAACCAGUUCCGUGAGGCCUUCCUGGACAUCAGGUCUUGGCUUUAUUGUCUCUUCUGUAUCACAUGUAUGAUUCCAUCGGGUGGUAUUACUGUUUUCUUUACCCUUCUGAUACAGGGCUACGGAUUCAAUCCACGAUCAACACUUCUGAUCACUAUGCCUGCUGGUGUGGUACAGAUUGUUGUCAAUAUUGGUGUUUCUUGGCUGGCGCAAAAGUACCGCAACCGGAUGCUUUGGGCUACAAUUGGGAUGUUGUUCAGCAUUUUCAGCAUAUCACUCAUGACCGGUCUUGCACGUGACGGACCAACUGCGCACCGAAUCGGACAACUCGUGGGAUACUACAUUCUCUACGGAAACUCAGCGACCGCCUUCAUCCUGAUUCUGAGUCUUAUCAGCACCAAUGUCGCGGGCUACACGAAGAAGACCACGGUCAACGCAAUGACCCUCUCUGCCUAUUGUGUCGGCUUCCUUAUCGGACCGCAGACUUUUAGGGACGGCCCUUACUACACGAACGCCAAGUACAAUAUUAUAGCACAGUACAUGGUGGCCCUCUCCUGCUGUGUUGCACUCCUCUUAAUCAACAAGAGGGAGAACAAAAAGCGGGAUAAUGCCGCUGCCACCUUAGCUACUGAAGAGGAUACACAACAACCAGGACGAGAAUUCGUGGAUUUGACAGACAAAGAGAACCCGAAGUUCAGAUAUGCUCUCUGA